UGCCCCUUCAGCCAAUCAGCGCGCAGCAUUCGUUGAACCGCAAUGGCGGACUCGGCGGCGCUGCUCGGAGACGUCGCUCCUCCUCCCCGCGAGCCCUCCGGGGUGUCCAGCUGCGGGGACUGCGUGGCGGCGAUCCUGAAGCUGCUCUCAGACCUCCACAGACAGUUGAAUUCGGGUGAAGCUGCUCUGAGAAUGGAGGUCAACCCUCAGCUGUCCUCAGCUGCUCGGGUCUACGCCUGUUUGCAGGAUCACAUCGCUAAAUUACAGUUGGUUUCAGAGGACCUGAAGUUGCUGGUGGACAGUUCCACAAACAGCAGCGCGUCAGAAGAAGCCGCGAGGACGUCGCCGGUCAGGGAGCGCGCGCCCGUUCACGGUUGCCAAAGCUCGGAGGCUGCAGAGAAAGAGAUGACGGCUGCUGACGUCAUGGUUCAGAUCAAAGCUGGGAAAUCAGAGAUUGAGCGAAGAAUAUCUGCAUUUAUGGAGCGCAAGCAGAUGGAGAUCAAUGAAAACAAUGUGCGCGAGUUUUGCAACGUGAUCGACUGCAAUCAGGAGAACAGCUGCGCCAGAACGGACGCCGUUUUCACGCCAUAUCCGGGGUUCAAAAGCCACGUCAAAGUUUCUCGGGUUGUGAACACUUAUGGGCCCCAGACUGGUGGUCCUGGGGGGGGUCCCACAGAGGCCGGGGAGCAGCUGAGGGGCGGGGCGAUCCGAGACUGUGAAAACGCAGCCAUAGAGGAGCGACUGCAGAACAUCGAGACUCACCUGAAACUCCCGUCAGCCGGACCGGUUCCUCUGAGCGUCUUCCACAGGUUGAAGAAGCUGGAGGAUCGGAUCCUGGAGCUGGAGGGGCUGUCGCCCGAGUACUUCCAGUCCACGAAUCACCUGCACAAGCGGCCGAAGCCGUCCUUCACUCAGGCCUGCAGCCUGACGGAACUGGACCAGAAGAUCAGCGCCGUGAGAGCCGCCCUGAUGAAGAAGGCGACGGCGUUCGGGCCGGGAUGCGGGAGCGACUGCGGGCUGUGAUGCUCUCUCUCCAAAAAACCAAACAAUGGCUGCGCUAAUGCGCUCACCUGUCACGUUAUCGGCUCACCUUUCAUUAGCGGCAUUCUCAGCGGCUGUCACUUCAAAUCAGGACGAUCCAGGAAGCGCUCGGCAGGAACAAAAGAGCCGGCAAAUGGGAUCCAGUAAUGAGUACGGAUUCAAACCUGACAUUAUCCUCAGCAGACGCGCACGCGCACGUGCACACGCGCACCACUUCCUGCAACCUCUGAUGGACGUGCACGGAUCUGUGUGUGUUUGUAAAUGUGUGUGCACAGAAACACGUGCAUGUAUGUGUGUUUAUAAGUGUGUGCACAUAAAUGUGCACGUGUGCAUGUAUGUGUGUGUCUGAUUAGGUGUGUGCACAUGAACACGUGUAUGUGUUUUUGUGCACAUGUAUGUGCAUGUGUGUAUGUCUGUUGAUGGGUGUGUGUUUGUGCACAUAAACGUGCACGUGUGCUUAUGUUUGUGUGGAUAGGCGUGUGCACAUAAGCAUGUAUGUGUUUAUGUGCACACGCUUGUGCAUGUGUGGACGUUUACAUUCAUGUGCGCGUGUGCAUGUAUGUGUGUGCACAUAAACACGUGCACGUGUGCGUCGUGGUCUCUGCUCUCCGCGGCGCCGCUCUCCCAACAUCAUUAAAUAAAUGACCUGAAUGCUGCGCGUCCGUUUGGGAAGUGGGCGGGGCCAUUAGAGCGGCGUGCAGCGGGACGCCCGUCCACACGCGUCUCCGUAGACCAGCCUCACUGAGUUGGGUCAGACUGACGUCUCUGACCUCCGUCUGUUUCUUCUUCUGUGGUUUGAUGGGUUUCAUGAUGAAAUAAACAGACGUUGAAGCGUU